AUGGAAGCCCCUACCAUGGAGCAUCUCCCAGAGCGCCAUGAUCAUGAGGAGGUACCUGGAACUCUCCUCCUCGUUGAUAUAGCUCAUGACAGCAAUAUAUCCGCUCAACGGAAAGGAAUAGUUCUUCAACCACAACCUAGCACAGAUCCAAAUGACCCCCUCAAUCGAUCACAACAAUGGAAAAACCUCAAUAUCGGCAUGGUAUGUUUGUACACCUUUGCUAUUGGAAUAUGCACAGCUGCGCAGUUUUCCAUCAUGACACAAAUAUCUGAAUCGCAACGAGUCAGUCUUGCAGAUCUGAAUUUGGGCACUGGAUUGAUGCAGCUGAUGCAAGGAUGGGCAAAUCUUCUAUGGCAGCCUGUCGCCAUGACCUAUGGCCGCAGGCUAGUCUACCUCGUGACAAUUAUAUUCUCGAUAGGGCCAGUUUUAUGGGUGCCGUUGGCUCAUGGUGCCAGCCAAUGGUACGCGCACCGCAUUCUUCUUGGUCUCUUUUGCUCGUCCGUGGAGUCUCUACCAGAAUUAUCUGUCCAAGAUCUUUUCUUCGCCCAUGAACGAGGAAAAUAUAUGGCCCUGUAUACAUUUGUAUUAUUCGGAUCUAACUUCAUUGCUCCUUUCCUCGCUGGGUUCAUAGCGGAUGGCUUGAACUGGAAAUGGGUUAUGUACCUUGCUACCAUAUUUCUGGGUAUCUGCGCACUGAUCUUGUUCUUUUUCAUGGAGGACACAAUCUACUUUCGAAAGACAACUGAGAGCAGGGGCCAAAGAUAUGAGAUUAUCCCGCCGGAUGACAAUGGAGAGCCAGGGACUAUCACUGCGGAUCGACUCCAGACUGGAGCAGCCACAGCCCUGGGUGAGAAUGGCAUUGACACAGGGUUGAAACCUCGUCGGCAGAGGCUAGCGUUGGUUACAAUAUUACCAGGUCGUCCAACUCACAAGCAAAUGGCAUUGAAGAGCUGGCAAUCGAUAAAAAUCCCUUUCUUCUUUCCUAAUAUUCUCUGGUGCGGUCUUUUAUACGGGUCAAACCUAGCCCUUUACAGCGUGAUUAAUGCGACAAUGUCGAGCAUCCUGGGAUCCAGUCCAUACAAUUUCCCUCCGACAAUGGUCGGUGUCUCUUAUCUGUCCCCUUUCGUCUUCGGUGGCGCUGCAUCCAUUUGGGCUGGGAAGAUAUCGGAUGCCCUCGCAAUCAAACUAGCAAAGCGCAAUGGAGGUGUCCGGGAACCAGAACAUAGGCUGUGGGGCCUUCUGCUAUCCGCACCUAUCGCUGCCGGCGGGCUGCUCAUGUGGGGAGUAGGGGCCAGUCAAGAGGCACACUACAUGGUUUUGGUUAUCGGAAUUGGCAUCACCACCUUUGGAGUCGUUUGCGCAAGCGCGAUAUCAUUGGCGUAUGCUGUUGACUGUUUCAAAGAAAUGGCUGGUGAAUCCUUUGUUUCCAUCAAUAUCAUUCGGAAUACAAUAGGAUUUGGCUUCAGCUAUGCUAUCACACCUUGGAUCGACGCCGUGGGUCUUCGAAACUGCUUUAUCUCAGUGUCGUUGAUCUCGUUCUUUUGUACAUAUACAUUCCUUGGGGUUAUUGUCUGGGGGAAGUCAUGGAGGAGAAUGUCCGCAGAGCGAUAUUGGCAAUUCGUUGCCACAGAAAGAGAGAUGGCCCACUCCUAG